AUGGAUAUGCUACCUGGCGUCCAAGAGAGUAUCCAAACGAUAAAUGAAAGAUCCGAUUUUUUCACGGUCUUUGGAUUUCUGAUCACCAUUCUUUUCAUUCCAAGAGUUUUUAUUACAUUUGUCGCUCAGGCAGAAUUUUUCAAUAAAGACUAUCUUGCAUGUUCACCAAACAACACUGUGGACUCUGAAAACGAAAGUCUGAGGCGACGUUGUUACGCUGUAUUUGCUACAUUAUGGCCUCCCCAUUACCAUUGGUUCAUGCAAUUAGGGCUGACAAUCGGCGUUUUGAUUUGCUUCCAUUUUCCAUCCUUGUGGUCCAUUAAACACAAGAAGAAUAUCUCUAAGAACGUCGAGCGGGGAUACCUUGUACAGACAGCCAUACGGGCAAUUAUUGAGACUUGCUUUAUCUUUUCUCAAGGCUUCCUAUACGGAUUCGAUGUCGCUACCAAAUUCAUUUGUUUGGAAGACAAUGAGCAUAUACCAUGUGACGUUCUGAGAGUGAAUGGAAAGGUUGCCAUGUUGGUUACUAUGUUCGUCAUCUCCAUUGUUGUGUUGUGCGUGCACCUUGCGGAUGUCAUCCAUGGAAUCAAGAAACUUAAAGAAAAUGAUGGCCCUCUCCUUCCAGUCACAGGAGUUCCAACUCGCCUAAAAUUUAACUGCGAAAGACCACCAGAUCCUGUAGAAGACAUCUUCAGGUGUGAAAAUUACACACUUUUGGAAAACAAAUUGGAAGAACAAAAUGUCGUUGUCUUAACUGGUCCUUCUGGCUCCGGAAAAACUCAGCUGGCUCUACUCUAUGCCAAGAAGUUCAUCAAUGAAAACAAUGAAAGCAAAUGCUUCUGUUUCAACUCACCAUCCCCAGAGGAUCUCCUUGUUGACGUUGAAAAGUUAAUUGAUCAAUGUAAACUAAACAUUCAUACGGACGGUGAAAUGCACGAAGAAAAAAAUUCUCGUAUGGCCAAAAAGGUUUGGAGACUACUUAUUCGCAUUCGUGAUGAAGUUAAAGAAGACAAUCAAAAAACGUUGUUUGUUUUUGACAAUGCAACUUUCGAAACAGCUUGUAUCAUCAAGGAGGUUUUCCUCAAGGUUAGCUCUUUUAUUGUCAUAAUCACUACUUCUGAAAAUGACAAAUUUAUUGAAGGUUUUGAAGGUUUAAGAAUGGACGUGAAAGGUUACACUAAGAAGGACGUUGAUGUCUUAGCACUUUGUCAAUAUGAUCAAUUUAAAGAUGAUAUGCAAUGCUUGGCUGAGAAGCUUGAUUUUUUGCCGCUUGGGAUACACGCAGCUUGUCAAUACAUGAUUGAGUCUAACAGUUUAAACGUACGUGAUCUUCUAGCACAACUGGAUAAGUAUGGCGACCCCCUAACCGGCCUGUUUCAAGAGUCAUACAAAAAGGCUAAUGAGUAUUGCAACAACGACAAUGCUAAACUCCUGUUCAAUAUUGUAGUUACCCUAAGCCUUGAUCCAAUACCCUUUGAUCUUCUCGAUUGGACAAUAAGAGUAACUAGCUAUCGGGAAAGAGAAGAUCACAUACACGAAUCAGAUAUAACACAAAAGAGGGAGCAUCUUCUGGGUGAAAUAAAAAAGUUCCACCUUGGGACUGUGGAAAUAAGGGGAUCAGAAAACAAGAUGCUACGAAUGCAUAAUAUACCAAGAUCAGCAAUACAGAAAAUUUGGACAGAAGAUGAAAGAAUAAAAUAUUUCAGAGAAAUGCUAUUGAUCCUUGACGACCAGGUUGAUAAGGACACACGCGAUAAGAAAGAUUUCUUGUUCUUUCUUAAAGUGAUUCCACAUGUGAAACAUGCCCUAAAAUCUGAUUUUUCUGGAGCCCAAAGCCAGGCGGUUGGCAUAAAGAUCCUUCAAAUAAGUCUCCAAGAUAAGCUACAUUAUAUGUAUACACAGACAAGGUUGAUAAGCUACUUCAGAGAAAGUGAAUCUGAAGCUAAAGAGCUAUGCUAUUCCCUUAUCGACUUGAAAGAAGAAGUGAAGGACAUUGAGAAAGAUUGGAAAUAUAAUGACAUUACAAGUCAGAAAUUCAUAAAGAAGAGAGCUGAGCUGAUUAACAGUAAAGUUAAAUUGUUAGAAAUCCCUAGAGACUUUCUCAAAGAGCUUGUUUGUAUAAGACGUCUCAACAGCGAUGAUGUUGAAUGUUUGAAGCGCAAAAUGAAUAGUGAUAAUGAAGAAAAGUCAAGUAAAAAUAAAAGUGAUAACGUUGAACUACUGAGCAGCACAACAAUAAAGGAAGGCAUGGAGUUGAAACCGCAGAGUACUUUAGCACCCAACGGCUAUCUCACUGAGACCAAUUAUGAUGAAUUGGUACAAAGAGGCGCAGCAAUUAGCCUGGAGAUAAUGAAGAAAGUGUUCUUACUUGAGUUCAUGGCGAAUAUUCUUUACACGCAUGGCCGUAUGUAUUUCUACAAGAACAAGAACAAAGGAGAAGAAGCAAAUAUUUACGAACAUGACUUGCGCCUCGCUUAUGAACUCUCUUGCAUAAUACAAAAGCAACAUGGCAUAAAUAUAGUCAUGCUACUAUUGGCUGAACGGACUGGUUUCCUGUACAUUGAUGUAGAUAGCAAUAAUAAGGAAAGAAUAAAACAUGCAACGGAACGCUACAAGAAGUUGCUGGUUGAAAAGGGCGAAUAUUAUGAAAAAGGAUUGUUGAAAAUAGUACCACGUGAGGAUGCAUACCAUCAAACAAGAUGCCAAAAACAAUUAUUCAAUUGUUACUUAGCUGCGGUUACAGAAGCUGCUACUGCAGAAAAAGCUGCAAAAGAAGCUGAGGAAGAAGCAUACAUCCAUAUCGAAAAGCAAUGGACAAAUAACAAUGGAUACAAGGAAGCUAAAAAACUACUGAGAAGUCUAGAGAAUAACGACAAAGCAGAUGCUUACAUUAAAUUUGGUGACCUCGAAAUGACAUUGAGUGAGUUUGGCAAAAAACAUUUGGAUAAAGCUAUUGUAGAUUACAAGAAAACCUUGAAACUAGAAGAGGCAAAGUCACAUAGUUCUCGAAAAGGUGGUCGCAUUAUUAAAGCCAUUUCUGGAAUAACAGAAGCUUUAUAUAAACGAAAAAAUGAAGGUGAUUGGAAAAGGGCAAAGAAAUAUGCGAACAGGGCGAUUGAAAUCUGUACUACAGAACGAAUGGAAAAAGAUACCAAAGAAAAACUACAGGGAAUUCUGGACAGCAUGCACUCUCCGUGAACAACGCCUACAUUAUUGUCCUCCUUUCUCUCAUCAACACAGCCAAUGAACUACUUACUUUACUUCAGAUACCCGAUCAGCUUCAGUUUCAUGUUUAGAACGGGAGAUUUGCAAUAUCCCGUUGGUGCCAACGGGAAUCAUUAUACUCAUCUCUAUUGAAUACUAUGUUGGCAAUUUUAAUAUCGAUGCAAAGUAUAAUGCUUUCUGCAGAAGAUUAAUGUAUGUCAUACAUGUUUUAGCUCCACAUAUCUUACGAAACGAGCUUGUUUAAAAUAUGCAUCUAGUCCCUGAUCUGGUCCCUCUGAAAAGAGAUUUUUUGUCCGG